GGUGGCGGAAGCAGCACCGGGGAACCCUAAAGCGGGUGAGAGGACGGUGAACGGACAGCCGGCGAAGAGAACAUCCUUGGGUAAACAAACAGCGUUGGGAAAUAUUUUUAAGGGCCCCUUACAGAAUGGAUUUUGCAUCACAUCACACACGUCUUUUGCAGCAGUUAGAUGAGCAGCGAAAGACAGACCUGUUCUGUGAUUGUCACAUUUUGGUGGAGGGUCAGCUUUUUAAGGCUCACCGUAAUGUACUGUUUGCAAGUAGUGGCUACUUCAAGAUGCUUUUGUCCCAGAGCUGCAAGGAUAUAGGGCAACCAACCACUGCCAACUUUGAUGUCUUCUCUGCUGACACUUUUACUGCCAUCUUGGAUUUUGUGUACUCUGGCAAGUUGCCCCUAUCAGGACAAAAUGUCAUUGAGGUCAUGUCAGCUGCAAGCUACCUGCAAAUGACGGAUGUUAUUAGCGUGUGCAAGAUGUUCAUCAAGUCUUCACUGGAUAUUAAUGAGAAGGAUAGAGAUGGGUUUUUCAGCCUUUCCGAUAAAGACACAGGCAGUAAUGGCUCUGGCCUUUAUGCAGCAGGAUGGAGAACAGAAAACAGUCCCAUACACUCCCAAGAGACUGCAGAGCACAGUGGAUUUAUUGCUGGUUACAACUACCCUCCACCCAUUACAUCAAGAAUACAACGUCCUUUCACCAAGCAUCCUCGCAAACCAGAGCAUGUACGCAAGCACCGCAGGCGGUUAAUGCCAGAGCCUCUGACUUCUGCCCCUAUUAAUGCAAUACCAUUGGGUGAGCUUGUUGGUGGGUCUGCUGAGUGUAUGGUACAAGAUGAGGAGUCAACUGAGAGUGCAACACAGGAGGAGGAGCCUUUACAGGAUGCAAUGUUGUGUACAAAAGUCGAACAGGAGGAAGAAACCACGGAACACAGUUGGCCAGGGUCUCCCAAACAUGAAGACUCUGGGGAUCAGGACAACGUGCUGCCAAUGUCAAAGGCAGAUGAACUUUACAAGGCAAUGCCUACAAUCCUGGGGGUGAUGACAGGCUGGAGUGAAGAUGAUCUGAGUCCAAUAAGGUUUAAAUGCCCAUUCUGUACACAUACCGUCAAGCGAAAAGCAGAUCUAAAGCGACAUUUGCGCUGUCAUACAGGAGAGCGUCCCUAUCCCUGUGAGGCCUGUGGCAAGAGAUUCACACGGCUGGAACAUUUGCGGAACCACUUCCAGACUAUCCAUGAAGCCGGUAAACUAAUCUGCAGAAGGUGCAAGCUCCCAGUGACAGAAGUUACCGGCCGGGUCAUCCAAGAUGGAACAAGAAGAUACCGGCUCUGCCACCCAUGUCUGACAGAGGCUGGCUUGGACAAUGUUAGCUUUGACUUUGGAAAUGACCAGCCACUGGUACUUCCACCAGAGAAUGAGCGAGGCCAAGAAUGGAACUUCAAAGAGGAUGGCAGAGAGAGUGCGGGUGAGCGGCCAGAGUCUGACCUGGUCAUUCAGGAGGUGGAAGACAGUGAAGAGGAGGAAGAGGAACAGAAAUUAAAAAUGAGGGAUCAAUAACAUUUGUUUCUUCAGUAGAGUUCUAGGUCUAUGAUUCCUGUGGCAGUAGGAGAUAUCACUGUAGUAUUAUAACCGUUUUUGGAUUAUUUACUAGCUUCCUAUACCACUCUGCUUUUUACAAUAUUCAGCUGUGUCCUCAACUUUGCUUUUACAACAUUUUAUAGCCUAGACUCAUUCAGGGCAGAAUCAUAUUCUUCAGCACUAAUCUACUCUGGCCUGGCUAGUAUCCUGUUUGAAGAUGGAUAAAUGAAUCUUAUAUAGUGAGGUACCAGAGUGCUCUCUUAACAGUCAUCAUUUACCUUUUAUGGUUUUAGGGCAAAAGGAAGAUGUCCUGAACAUUGUCCUUACUGAAUGAUAAUCACAUUUUACUUUCUCUCUGGCUUCAUUAUAUCAUACUAACUAUAUAAGUACUAUGAUGUACAGACCACCCAUGAACACUAUAUGUAAAUUAUUUAUCCCAAGUUAGAAUAACAGACAAUUUUACACAUUG